CAAGAGUCACAGGCAAGUAUCUGAGUGUACCUCUAUACCAAUAGUUAGUCCUGUAUAUAACUUAUUGGUUGGACUUGAAUGCAGCUAGGACGAUGACUAUAAACGACGUCAUUCAGAAGGGUCUAAGCGACCUUGACCUGGCAGCUCGAUUCGAUCGUAAUGUCGAACUACAAACCGAUGACGAGGGUGCUUAUAAUCUGACAGACGUGCAGGGUGACACGGCGUUCACAUGGGUACCCCCCGCUGCAGUGCCGAUUGGAAAUAACACAUUCGGAAUUGCUCAUCUGGACGAUGAUGGCGAAACUGUUUCCGGUCGAUCAUGUGGUGCCAGUCCUAUACCCUUCGGACUGCGUGUGAUCCCUCUAAAUAGACCGGAGGUUGGAGCCUCAUUCAUAACAUUGUCGAAGCCUCAACCAAACAUUGCGACAGUGAAAGCAAUGAAGGUCAAUCCUAUGUGCAGUUAUGCGCUGCUGCAAUGCACAAAUGCUCUGUUCUGCUGCAGGUUGCCCCCGCGCAACAUGGAGUGCGCGCCUGGGUCGCCCCCAUUCCUGGGUGCGGGGAUGGAGCCGAUAUGCAUUGGGCGACGCCUGCACAAAAACUUACCGCAUGUGACAAUUCGAUCAGCUCAAUGGCACACACUGAGCAGACACGGCGGACAUGUUUUAGUAUUGACUAGCGAUGGUUAUGUGCGUCUGUACAAUCUCGCCCGUGUGUUAAGGGAUGAGUACACCAAACAAGCGUAUAUCGAUGAAUGUGAGAUGGAAGUCGCCGUGUGCACAGGUAACGAUACCAGAUCGGUUGUCUCUAUGAGCCUGCCGACCACAGGCAAAGUCACGGCAUCGCGUGGGUGGGCGUCCAUGGCAGCGCGUGUGUUGCUUAGCGAUGGGUCCAUUACCACACUGUGCCCGGUUGUUCCCAAAGACUGCAAUCUGUGUUGGGAUGAUGUACUACAGAUGCAGGAAGGAAUUGCGGAAUUAAGUGAGCUACAACAGAACCCGUCCACGCAACGGAAGCUCGCUAUAACGAGCGCUUGGGUGGAUAAACUGGCCGAGCAAUUGACACAAGCAGAUGGAGAGUCUUCUGACGAUCACACACUCCAAUGUCUAACUGCGCCAGCAUUACGGAGUCCGGUACAACGGGUCGAAGCUAGGCCGUCAGGAAAUGUCGACUCGGCCCAAGAACUGGGAGAACCUUGCUCGCUGUUUGUACCAAGUGAAUCUCCGCUAGUGUGUGUUGUGGGCUACAAAAGCGGAGAAAUACGAGUGCUGAUGUCGGUCACGCCGUUGUGUGGACUCUGGGGCACAGAGGUGAAGACAGACGACAUAUUUACUAUGGAGCGCAUCUUGGUGGGUAACUCAGCCGUAUCGCUUUAUGAAGAUCAAAUACAUCAUGACAGGUUCUUUGCCGCCAACGAGCACGGAGUGUUCCGCAUUGUGCUGCCCAACAUGUGUGCCAUUGUCAAUUCACUAACGGGUGUGGAUAACUUGCCCCUGCAGUCGUCUAUCAACCACAUUCUGGUAAUCAUGCAAAACCCAGACAGCGCGACCGGGUCGGCCGUUGCUGGGCUAGCUACCGUUGCGGGCGAGGGAGCUGGCUAUAUGCUCCUGGUCGUAAAGCGCGAUGGAGAUGUGAUCACACAUUCCCUGCACCACGUGGUAUCCAAAGGCACAGCUGUGGGCAAGGGCGCGAACAAAUUUUCACCAGAUGCAGCCAGUUCGAAGGUUUCUGACUUUGACAGAGUGGUUGAGGACCGCUUGCGCGCUAAUGAAUUACCGGUAUACCGGAGUGAUCUGACCUCAGACAGGGACAGAUUAGAGUUUCUCACCGGUUACAUGCAACGCGUACGGAGCGAGUACAUCAAAAACUUCUAUCCCGUGGGACAACUGAUACAUACACAGAAGGAACAAGGCAAAUUAUUAAUAGCGCAGCAGGCGAACGAUGUACGAGCAACCGAAAACGAGAUCGACUCCGCGUUAAGGCAAAUCGGGGCAACUCGUGAAAGGUUAAGCGGCGUUGAAAGUAAAGUGAGGAGUUUACUGAAUGACCUGAAUGAGACUGUGGAGAUCCACAACUCGAGGGCCCAGGGAGCACUCCUUUCCGACGCGGAGAAAAAGUAUAUGGCCGAAUUAGUCCGAGUGAACGAGAGGCUCAGCGUUCAUGUUCUGCCAAAGACGGACUCGAUGCUAGACCGCGCUGACGAUAUUGCCGACACAAUGGAAGAUAUCCGCGGAACGGAUGAUCAAGAUAGUGCGGUACUAGAUGGACCAGCGAUACGGGAUGAAAUGGCACUGUUAGGGGAGCGUAUAGAUCACCUGACAGGAAAAACCAGAGACCUUUCGCUGCAAUACUUAAAUGAGGUGGAGCUAGGGGUAUAGACGGUGACAAAUAGUAAAAAUAAAAUGUGGUUGCAGCGCAGUCAAG